UCCCGGCUAACGCUGGUGUGAACGGGAAGCUCCCGGCCCGGCGGACUAACUGGAGCACCGACGCUGCAGCCGGUUGGGCCAGUGCCCUUUCCCGCUCUGGAGAGGAAAAGAAAUGGAAGUGAAAAAGUUGAGCAUUUCCUGGCAGUUCUUGAUAGUUCUGGUUCUGAUCCUGCAAAUUCUGUCCGCGUUGGAUUUUGACCCGUACAGAGUCCUCGGGGUCACCCGAACAGCCAGUCAGGCUGAUAUUAAAAAGGCCUAUAAGAAGCUCGCCCGGGAAUGGCAUCCAGACAAAAACAGAGAUCCCGGGGCAGCAGACAAGUUCAUCCAGAUCAGCAAGGCUUACGAGAUUCUUUCUAAUGAAGAGAAGAGAUCCAAUUACGAUCACUAUGGUGAUGCUGGUGAGAACCAGGGCUACCAGCAGCAGCAGCGAGAAUAUCGCUUCCGCCACUUCCAUGAAAACUUCUAUUUUGAUGAAUCUUUUUUUCACUUUCCCUUCAAUUCGGAGCGACGGGACUCGAUCGAUGAAAAGUACUUGCUGCACUUCUCACACUACGUGAACGAGGUGGUCCCGGACAGCUUCAGGAAGCCCUACCUCAUCAAGGUCACCUCAGACUGGUGCUUCAGCUGCAUCCACAUCGAGCCUGUGUGGAAGGAAGUGGUUCAGGAGCUGGAAGGCCUGGGAGUGGGCAUCGGUGUGGUCCACGCAGGGUACGAGCGGCGCCUGGCCCACCACCUGGGGGCGCACAGCACGCCCUCCAUCCUGGGCAUCAUAAACGGCAAGGUCUCCUUCUUCCACAACGCCGUGGUCCACGAGAACCUGCGGCAGUUUGUGGAAAGCCUGCUUCCCGGGAACUUGGUGGAGAAGGUUACCAAUAAAAACUACGUCCGAUUCCUCUCAGGCUGGCAGCAAGAGAACAAGCCUCACGUCCUUCUGUUUGACCAGGCGCCCUCUGUGCCACUGAUCUACAAGCUGACCGCAUUUGCAUACAGAGAUUACCUGUCCUUCGGCUAUGUGUUCGUCAGGGUAAGAGGAGCGGAGGAGAUGACGAGGCAAUACAACAUCAACGUGUACGUGUCUACCAUUCUGGUCUUCAAGGAGCACAUCAACAAGCCUGCUGACGUGAUGCAGGCUCGAGGGCUAAAGAAGCAGGUGGUGGACAACUUCAUCACCCAGAACAAGUACUUGCUGGCGGCCAGGCUCACCAGCCAGAAGCUGUUCCACGAGCUCUGCCCGGUGAAGCGGUCUCACCGCCAGAGGAAGUACUGUGUGGUCUUACUGACUCCCGAGGCCACCAAGCUGAACAAACCCUUUGAGGCCUUCCUCUCCUUUGCCCUGGCCAACACACAGGACACGGUGAGGUUCGUGCACGUCUACAGCGGCCGGCAGCAGGAGUUCUCCAGCACCCUGCUGCCACACAGUGAGGCGUUUCAAGGGAAAUCAGCGGUGUCGAUCUUAGAAAGGCGCAACACAGCAGGAAGAGUGGUGUACAGAACCCUGGAGGACCCCUGGACCGGCAGCGAAAGCGACAAGUUCAUCCUUCUGGGCUUCCUCGACCAGCUGCGGAAGGACCCAGGCCUCCUGGCAUCCGAAGCUGUGCUGCCCGACCUGACAGAUGAACUUGCCCCUGUCUUCCUCCUCCGAUGGCUCUACUCUGCUUCCGACUACCUCUCUGACUGCUGGGAAACCAUGUUUCACAGUAACUGGCGGGAAAUGAUGCCCCUGCUGUCCCUGAUCUUCUCCGCCCUCUUCAUCCUCUUCGGUACCGUCAUCGUCCAGGCAUUCAGUGACUCCAACGAUGAGCGAGAGUCACACCCUCCAGAUAAAGAGGAGGUUCCUGAGAAGGCUGGGAAGACUGAACCGAGCUUCACCAAAGAAAGCAGCAGCAGCAAGGUUCCUAAGAAAGGCUUUGUGGAGGUCACCGAGCUCACGGAUGUGACAUACACCAGCAACUUGGUGCGCUUGAGGCCGGGCCACAUGAAUGUGGUCCUCAUCCUGUCCAACUCCACCAGGUCCGCCCUGCUGCAGAAGUUUGCUUUUGAGGUCUACACGUUCACUGGGAGCAGCUGCCUGCACUUCUCCUUCCUGAGCCUGGACAAGCACCGGGAGUGGCUGGAGUACCUCCUCGAGUUUGCCCAGGACGCAGCCCCGAUCCCAAACCAGUACGACAAGCAUUUCAUGGAGCGGGACUACACUGGCUACGUGCUGGCGCUGAACGGCCACAAGAAGUACUUCUGCCUCUUCAAGCCCCAAAAAACAGUGGAAGAAGAGGAGGCCAUGGGGUCCUGCGGUGAUCUCGAUGCCGCCCUGCACCUGGGUGAGGCUCGGGGGAAGCCAUCCAGCGGCCCCGGGCCCAGGCCCCUCAAAGGCAAGCUGAGCAAGCUGUCCCUGUGGAUGGAGCGCUUGCUGGAAGGGUCCUUACAGCGGUUCUACAUCCCGUCGUGGCCCGAGCUGGACUGAGGGCUCCCAAGGAGCUGUGGACUCUUCAGGUUUUUAACCAGUCCCCAGAACAGGUAUUUUCAGGACUCACCUCUCAACAAUGCACAGAGCAUAGAUUUUAGAUCACUCCUCCACCACAGUGGCAGGAAGACUCUCCGCUGUCCUGGGAGGGAACUACACCACAGGCUUGAUGUCCCUAGAUCAAGUUUUUUUCCCCCUCUGGGUUUUUUCUUCUGUUUUUUGUCCUCACUUGAAUGCCCGCUAUUUAAAUAGACCACUCAUUCCCUCUCCUCUGUUACCUCUCUCACGUGCUCACACCUCCCUCCCGCCCUGUCCCUUGCGCUGGAGAAGCACAGGGUUCACCCUGAGUGGUGCAGGACAGAACCCGGGCCUGACGCCUGCAGCCCCUCAGCCAUUCCCGUCGCCCACCCUGGCGCUGCUGCUCCUGCUAGAGCCCAGAGGGGCCUUGCUCCAAGCAGUCUUUCCUGAAGUCGUUCUGGGAGCAAGCGUCAAGAAGUGUAUUUGGGGGUAUCCCCGCGACAGUUUGCCAGCGACAGUUUUGAAAGGAUGGGAGAAUGGGGGUUCUGCAGGAAUUCGGUUUCCCCAUCAAGCACAGGGAAGGGAAACCUGAGCCGUGUAUCCCUGGGAAGGGUCCGCCCAGCAGGGAGCACCUUCAACAAGCCGUUGACCUGUGUUUUCAGAUGCCUUUCUGCCUCUGUCCGGGUUAGGGUAAGGAUAUUAGGAGCCAUACUUGUAACCUUGUUCUCUGAACGCAUAUAAGCUGCUCUGAAGCCAGUUGAGGUUAAACUGAAGACCAGUUAUACCCGCCUGCCGGGGGUCGGUGGGGGAACCUCUUCUGUGGUCUCUAAGUCAAAUACCAGACGCAUCUUUGCCUCAAGGAACCUGAACUUCCUCAGCAGUCAUAUUUUGAACAUUGUUGCUCCAAAAGAACCUCAUCUUCAAGUCAUCUCUUGUGACAAGUGAGCCGCGACUUGUCUUAGAACCCCAUUUUGCAGUGGCUUCCUUUCCACUUCUGGCCUGAAUUCCUGUGUCCUGGUUUCAUCGCUGCUCCCUUCCCGUCACGCCCACAGCUCCCCAGAGUCAGGAUCCCGGCAGUCACGGGGCCAGGGUCACGGUCACACCCGUCACCAGGGCUUUGUAAGCCUUGGGCCCGAGCCGGGUCAUGCCGGCCUGAAGCAGGCAUUCUCUGUUUUUAAGGCCAAACCACCAGUGAAGUUGGGACAGCUUCUAAGAGUGGUCUGCCCUGCUGUCAAAACAAAUGCCCUUCUAUACAAUGAAGGGUGAAAAUCAGGGAUAGGACACGUACGGAGUGCGUAUUUCACUAAUCACAAUUGCUUUUAACUAAGCCACUUGGAUCCUUAUAAUCUCAACACUGAGCUGCAGUGGUACCUAAUGAUUAUGUGAGCCUGAGGGUUCCUGUGCUUUUCAUGGCCUCUUCUAGCUUUAUUUAAAAAAUGAACUCACUGCCAGGCGUCUCUUCCACAUGAUCCUCUAGACAUGGAUACUGACUGUGGGUGCUUUAUCUGUAGCCCCUGGCCCAGUUAGAAUUCAUUUCACUGGCUCCUUGAUCCACUGGCCUCAAAAAUAUUUUCUAGGGAGCCAGGGAUAUGGCUCAGCAGCACAAGCACCUGCCCAAGGUCCUGAGUUUGAUUCCCAGUACCAAAAAAAGAUUUUCCCCCUAGGAUUUUUUGGCUUGGGUUUUGGUUUUUAACAGCCAGAUUGCUAAUCAGAGGAGUGUUUUGGUCCCGUAGUGGGUUAUUUUUAAUUUGGGAUAAUAAUGAUAUCCCUGGCUUUAAUUUGUAAAAACCAAAAAACCCCAAAUGUGCUCUUUUUUAAAAGUUUGUAUCAUUAAAAGCACCAACAGCCAGCUGGACCUUCUGCUUGCCAUGGGGAGGAAAAUGGAGAUGAAAUUGACAAUAUUCCUGGCAAAUGUUUUCGUCCAAAAGUUCUCCUUCAGAUCUGUCUUGGGGCUGGUACAUACAUACCCCAAGAAGAUGCUAAGACACUUUUGUGUUCUGUUGAACUUCACCUCUGACCAUGCAAGCCUUUCCUCCAGAACGUUGUUGCCAUGAUUUUGUUUUUGUGUCAAACACAUGAGCCACUGUCCCGCUCGGCCAGUGCUGCCAUUUCUCAUAUGGAAUCCUAUGGGACCUGGUUUUGGUUUUUGACAACCAAAUUUUCAAAUAUCAACACUGAUGUUCUAAGGGGCAAGUGUCCCCUUGACACUGAUAUGGGUUUGGUAGAUGGGUGAAAAUAGCCUCAAACCGGUGCUGGCCACAACUGCUGCUUGAGGGCUUAGGUACUGGUCAGUUCGUCCAACACGGGGGUUACCGGCCCAACUCGCAGCAUUGCAGCGAGCAGGCCUGACCUCCUUCCAGAAAGUGCCCUGCGCUCCUGGCUGCUACUCAGUCAUAGUCUGGUCAUAAUUUUCAUAGAGGUCGAUCUCCUCAUUCACGCUCUUCAUACCUGUAGCCUUUUAUUUAUUAUCAGGCUAAUCGAGUUGUAGCUGCCAUCAGGACUUAAGUGUUUUCUUGAAUUAAAAAGAAAUGAGGCUGGUCAUGGUGACACAUGCUUGUCAUCCCAGUCUCAGCAGGCUGAGGCAGAAGGG